AUGAGUCGACGACUCCCCUCUUUCUCAGAAACCCACCUCCAUCUUCAUCUUGCUUCAGCUUCUACUUCUGCUUAGCUAUGGCUAAUCCCCAAAUUGGAAACCCUAAUUUCAGUAUCGUGUAAUCCGAUUUAGGGUUUUCUACAGCCAUAGAUGUCUCGCUUCGUCUACCUUCUUCUUCUUCAGCUACUGUUUACAGACUUAUUUACUUCGUCGGCGUCCUUGAUCUCCGACGGCCGUGUUUUCCGCCGGAAUCUCCUCCAAAACGGCACCGUUUCAUCCCGAUGUCCGCUCAACUUCGAUGUCCUCCGCCGAUUGGAUCCCGGCGGCGGAUGGCGGCCGAAUCUAGACAGCCGAUUGGAGUGCCAGUACGCGCUUCAGGGCCUCCGUCUCGUCCUGUCGGAGCAUCUCCGACUCACCGGAAUAUUCCUCCCGCCGAUCGAGACGGCGGAGGCCUGCUGGGACAGUUACGACAAAUUAGUCGACGGCUACGUCCCUAAUUUCGACGUUCGCCGGCGAUGCAGCUUCCAGACGCCAUGGAUCUCGACGGGAUGUAUGAACAUAACCACGCGCGUGGAGUUCGAGUCCCUAGUUCCGCCACGCGCCGCCGCCGACGUCGUCUCCGCCUGCAACCAGUCUCUCCUCAACAACUCCCCCUGCGCCUCCUGCAUCACCGCCAUCUCCGCUAUGCAGGCGUCUCUCGCCGGACCUUCUGCUGCCACCAUCGCCGACUGCACCGCCCUCCCCUUAAUCUACGCCGCCGCCUUCGGCAACCACUUCGGCCCCACCGACGCAGGCACCGCCAAGUGCCUAUUCAACCUCAACUUCUCCCCCCCUAAAUCCAACACCAAAUCCAAAACAACCGCCAUCGCCGCCGCCGUCUCCGCCUCCACCGCCGCCGCAAUUCUCCUCCUCCUCCUCCUCUGCUACCUCCGCCGGAGAAGAAAACCUAAAUUCCCCAAUUCCAACCCCCAAAUCAAUCUAACCUCCGGAUUAAACUCCAUCAACCAAAGCACAACCCUAAUCCAAUUCAAAUUCGACGAAAUCAAAUCAGCAACCAACAAUUUUUCCCGAAACAACAUCAUCGGCAAAGGCGGUUACGGCAACGUCUACAAAGGCAUUCUCCCCGACGGCUCCGAAGUAGCCUUAAAACGAUUCAAAAACUGCUCCGCCGCCGGCGACGCCAUUUUCACACACGAAGUAGAAGUAAUCGCCAGCGUCCGCCAUGUCAAUCUCGUCGCCCUCCGCGGCUACUGCACCGCCACGACGCCAUUAGAAGGCCACCAACGGAUAAUAGUCUGCGACCUAAUGAAGAACGGCAGCCUCCACGACCACCUCUUUGGAUUAUCCGAUCGAAAGCUCGGCUGGCCGGCAAGGCAGAGGAUCGCGAUCGGGACAGCCAAAGGCCUCGAGUAUCUACACUACGGCGCGCAGCCGGGGAUAAUUCACCGCGACAUUAAGUCGAGCAACAUUCUUUUAGACGAAAAAUUCGAGCCCAAGGUCGCAGAUUUCGGGCUCGCAAAGUUCGCGCCAGAAGGGAUGACGCAUUUGAGCACGAGAGUCGCGGGAACAAUGGGAUACGUCGCGCCCGAGUACGCACUCUACGGGCAGCUGACCGAGAGGAGCGACGUGUACAGCUUUGGGGUCGUGCUUCUCGAGCUGCUUAGCGGGAAAAAAGCGCUGAUGGCUGUCGACGACGGGCAGCCGACGCUCGUCACGGAUUGGGCAUGGUCGAUGGUUAGGAAAGGUCGGGCGAUGGAUGUCGUGGAAGAGGGAAUGCCGGAGUUGGGUCCGGCCGACGUUUUGGAGAAGUACAUUUUGGUGGCCGUCUUGUGUUCGCAUCCGCAGCUAUACGCCCGACCGACGAUGGACCAGGUCGUGAAGAUGUUAGAUGUUGACACCGCCGAGCCCGUUCCUUCGAUACCCGAAAGGCCCAUUUCGCUCAUCGCGAAUAUGGCUGACAUCGAGAGGUCCGCGAAUAGUAGCGAGUCGGGCCGGCUUUCGACCCCCGGCGGUUACCAAGCAUACACAUUCGACAAACAAUCGGUGGAGGCCGUGGUCGAGGUCGCGGAAAAAGGACAUGAGAGUAGAUAGCAUUGGUUACAAUGAAGUCACGACUUAUUCUUUUGUUAUUUGAUUUCUUUCUCUUCACUAUAUAUUUUCUCUGAAAAAUAUUAUUUUUAUUUCUUUUUUUUAUAA